UUUGAGUGCUUUCUAAUGUUUUAACUCUACAUAGUCAAUCACUUAAUUUUGGAUUCACUGAAUAUGAACAUGAUUAACAAACUUGACAGAUAUUUUUGCCCUUAGUUCAACUAAACAGAAUUUGUUACAUGAAGCAAAUUUGCUUAUUUUUACAGCCUCUACUGUAGGAAAUCUAUUGUUGUCUUUAAGUUUUAUAAUACUUUUUAUCUGUGAUUUUUAUUUUUAUAUACCCACAUUGACUGUUUUGUGUUUAUAUAGACGGUUGAUUGAUGCUUAGUUAGGACUUUAGAGAGAAGGGACAAUUUAAGAUGUUUUUUCAUUCAAAACCUUUGCUUAUGUCAACAUGUGACAUGUUCAUUUUAAUCUGAAUAAAAUAAACAAAAUAAAAUAACAUCUGUGACCUUUACCUGAAGGUAAUAAAAAUUUCUUCUAUAGAAAGUUCAAUUUUUAUUAAACAAAAAAGCAGUAUUUUGCAACCAAAAGACACAAAUCUAAUAUUACUUACGAAAUUAGCAUCAUUCUUUGCUUUCAUGCAAACAUGUAAGAUAAAUGACUGAAACUAGCAUUUAUUUUUUAUUACCUUUACAUUUUAAAGCGCUACUCAAUUCUUUAGCUUAAAUUGGAGGGUCAAAACAGCUACAUGUGGCUCCAGAGGCACAAAUUGCAGACCUCUAUAUGUUAAAAUAUCUUCACAACACUUGCCUGAUCUAAGUGCACAAUAUAUAGAUACCGGAAAAUAUGAUUCAAAUGCUGCUUUGCAUGUUUCACAGAAACCGAAAUGCAGCUUCUGCAGCAAAGCAUCGCCUGUUUUCAAGACUACAUUUAGUUCAGUUUAGAAGUAAUCUGUGCUGCAGCAUCUGAUCCAAACAAAGGAGACUGGCAUCUUCUCUGAGGAUUAAUGGGUCACAGCAGUUCCUUCUACCUGUAUUCCUGAGCUCUGUGUUCACAUGCAAAGCUCCAUCAAGCUAAAGGAAGAAAUGCAGACAAAAGAAAGUAGAGGAAGUAGUAGGUACAGAUAGGUAGAGAGUAGAAAUGAUGUGAGGAGAAAGCUAAAAGUGCAAACAGAAAAAGAUUGCAAAGAGCUGCAGAAAGGACAAGAUGCAAAUAGGAUGAAGAGGUGCAGAGCAAGAGUUGCAGAAAUGACAAAGUUCAGAUAUAAACAAUAGAAACAUAGAAGUAGAUGCAGACAUGAUGAGGUGAAAAUAUCAAAGGAACGCGAAACAAUGGGAAGAAAAAAUUAUAAUAUAUAUAUAUAUUUAUAUAAAGCUUCAUACAUAAAUUAUUAAAACAAGAAAAAAAAUCAGGACUGUUUUUAUGUGGUCACUCCUGCUGAAUUAAUCCAGAGGAUGGAGGGUUUAAUUCUGCAUGGGGCCCCGGCAGGCUCAGGCAGGCCCUCAUUGUGUGAGCUGCCACUUUGGCACUGAGGUGAGGGAUUACAAUCCCGACCGUAAGAACUAUAAUCCCAGCUAAUCUGGGAUUCCCUUUCAUUCUGCGGCACGGGCAAAGAUGAGGACUGGGGAAGCAGAGCAGAGGAUCCGUUUGAUGCGAGAUGUUCCUGCUGGUUCUUCUUCACAUCCUGCAGUCGGCUGUGAUGACCCGUUCCUGCCCUGCUCUCUGUGUCUGCAGCAGUGGACUGACCGAGCCCAGGUCGGUCCAGUGCAGCGACUCCGGGAUGUCAGCACUUCCUGUGAACCUUCCAGCCGACUCGGUCAAACUUCGCCUGGAGAAGACCUCGAUCUCCAGGGUUCCCCGAGCAGCUUUCUACAACCUAUCGGAGCUACGCUUCUUAUGGUUGACCUACAACUCCAUAACAUCCGUCCACCCGAGCAGCUUUGUCAACCUGAAGGCGCUACGGGAGCUGCGCCUGGACGGGAACCUGCUGACCGCCUUCCCCUGGGAGGGGCUCCGAGACAUGCCCCGCCUCCAGACGCUGGGGCUCCACAACAACCGCCUGUCCAGCCUUCCAGCUCACGCUGCCCUCUUCCUCCCCAACAUCACCUACCUAGAUCUGUCCAGCAACAGGUUGACUAUAUUACCUGCUGAGCUCUUGGAUCUCUGGUUUCCUCUUCCAGAACUGCAGGAAGGACCAAUUCAAAGAAAGAUCUUAGGUCUGCAUGACAACCCCUGGCUGUGUGACUGCCAGAUUUCCAUGCUGACAUCAUUGUCCAUGUCCCUGGGGAGCCCGGUGGUUCUGAUGGAUCAGCUGCUGAUGUGCAGAAGGUCUGUGGGUCAGUCCGGGUUGAUGCUGACACAAGCUGAGCUCUCUCGCUGUAUGCGGCCCUCCGUCCAGCCGGCAGCCACCAGGGUCAGCUCUCCGCUGGGCAGUAACGUCAUUCUCAGAUGUGAUGCUAGCGGUUACCCGACACCGACGCUGACCUGGAUUAAAACCUCGGCUUACCCUGGUUGUUGUAAACAAGACCUCCUGCAGAACACUGAACAACUUCCCAAGAUUUUGGAGAGCUUUAUGCAGGAAUCUCCUCGUGUCGGUGUUCGCUGGUCUAUAAUCAGCCUCAAUGGCCUGUCAUACAAGGAUGCUGGGGAAUAUCGCUGCCAGGCACGAAACAUGGCUGGAAUAUCUGAAGCUCCAAUCAAACUCAAGGUUAUGGGCAUCACAAGACUGUCUCGUGUCCCAAAGAAAAAAGCACAAAAAAUGUUGUCCAAAUCGUCAACAAAAGAAAGAAAGCCGCCCCGAACUCCUUCCACCAGCAGCAUCAAGGGAAGGGAGAGUCCGAAAAUUACAAAUGCCCCGCCAUCUUUACAGAACAACACACAGGAAGUUUAAAACCUUAUAAACAAAGACCCUCUAACAACUCUACAAAUGUUCUCCGAGAAGCAACACCUAAAUGCGAAUCACUAGGAAUCAGCGAAUUCAAGAAGUUCCAGUCAACGCCGAGAUCAAAUCAAACGUUUUCCUUAAACAAAUCAGUAGUUUCAGCUUUCAGAGCUCUUUACAAAGUUCUGCACAGCUGUGGA